AUGGUACUUAUGUUCCUUGAUGAUGGCUUUGGGUGUAAUACAAAUUUUGACAAUACCUCUGUUAUGGCAGCGGAUAUCAAAGAAGAUCUUUUAAAAUCUGGUUUUGUACCUAAAGCUGAAAAAACGUUUUGGGUACCAGUUCAAAAUAUAUCGUUUUUGGGGGUUGAAAUAAAUUCAGCUCAAGGUUUUAUUUGUAUACCCGAUCAAAGCGAUGCAAGUUCCAGUGGUUACGCUGGGUAUGAAGUUAAUACUCUUAAUGGAGUUUCUCAUGGGAUAUGGACUGGGGAGGAAAUUUCAAAAUCCUCUGCCUGGAGAGAACUUCAGGCAGUGAACAGAGUUAUGUCCUCUUUAGUUCAUAUUUUAGAGAAUCACAAUGUUAAAUGGUUUACAGACAAUCAAAGUGUAGCUACGAUAGUACACAAAGGAUCUAUGAAACCCGAUUUACAGUAUAUUGCUUGUCAAAUUUUUAGUUUUUGCAUGAGGCAUUCUAUUUCAUUGACAGUUGAAUGGAUACCUAGAAAAGAAAACGAACGGGCUGAUUAUUUGUCUAAGAUAAAAGAGAGAGAUGAUUGGGGAAUUUCUUUUGAAAUCCUGAAGAUAAUUUCUAUGCGAUGGGGAAAAUUAGAGGUUGAUUGGUUUGCUUCUGAACAUAAUGCUAAACUUCCUGUUUUUUAUUCAAAAUUUUGGAACAGAACAUGUUCUGGUGUAGAUGCAUUUUCAUUUAAAUGGUCAGAUAAAAGGGGUUUGUUUGUACCUCCAAUUAGCUUAGUAAAUAGCGUUUUUAAUAAAAUGAGAGAAGAUAAAUCUUGUGGUGUGUUAAUUGUGCCACAUUGGGAAUCAGCUGUUUUCUGGCCAUUAUUGUGUCCAGAUGGAGAAAUGUGUAGUGGUGUUAAGGAUUGGAUUUAUUUACCAACUGAAAAGAAUUUUUACUCAUGCUGUAAAAAUGGUUCAGGAAUAUUUGGGUCACAUCAGGAUGAUAUUGACAAGUUGCCGGAGGUUUUGACGGGAAAGGUGGCUCUUCUUCCCGAGCUGUUACAGGAGUCAAGGGCGACAAGCACGGCUACUAAGUAUAAUAAUGGAUUUUUAAGGUGGAAACGGUGGGCUCUAAGUAAUGGUUUGGGGAGUGGAGACAUUUUACCCGCCAAAAUCUUUCCGGUUGCGUUGUAUUUCGCAUCUAUUAUUCAAAGUGCAAAUAGUCCUAGUCCAGUUAGUACUGCUUUCUAUAGUAUUCAAUGGAUGCACGAAAUAAAUGGAUUUAUUUCUCCCACAGUUUCUAGUUUAGUUAAAAAUGUUUUUGAAGCAGGCAAGCGAAAACUUUCUAAACCGAUUAUAAAGAAAGAACCUGUCACUCCUGACAUGCUUUGUGCUAUUUAUUCUCGUCUCUAUGAAAAUGGAAAUUUGAAAAAUCAACGUAUUUUAUGCGCAAUUUUAUUAUCUUUUGCCGGUUUUCUUAGGAGUUCAGAAUUACUAAGCAUUAAAUGUUCUGAUGUGAAAUUUGAUAUUAUGUAUAUGAGUAUAUUUAUUGAAAGUAGUAAGACUGAUAAGUAUAGAGAUGGAGCCUGGAUUGUGAUUUCUAAGACUGAUACGAUUUUGUGUCCUGUUAUUAAUUUACACAAAUAUAUAGAUUGGGGCAAUUUUGCAGAUGAUGAUUACAUAUUUUGUAAUUUAAGUAGUACGUCAAAAGGGUUUAAGCCACGAGAUCGGAAUAAACCUAUGUCGUAUUCCACUUUAAGAGAUUUGUUUAGAAAUGCUUUGAAACCUCAUGUUGAUAACAUUGAGAAGUUUUGUUUACAUUCAUUGCGUUCAGGUGGCGCUUCAGCUGCCGCUAACACUGGAGUUAAGGACAGACUUUUUAAGCGUCAUGGACGCUGGUUAAGUGAUAGAGCAAAAGAUGGAUAUAUUAAAGAUGAUUUAAAUGAAAGAUUAUUGGUUUCUCAAUCAUUAGGACUAUAG